CACUUGGUUUGUUGUUCGCCGGAUGCUGUAGAAACUAACCACACGGAAGUGAAAUUAUCUUUCACAAUUUUACUUAUUACGCUUUAAUUUUACUCCUGUUUUCGAAUAUGUCAAAUCAGAAUCGUGCCAAACCCAACCAGAAGUCUCACUUAGUGUCUGAUCACGAGAAUGAGGCGAUAUUCAAUGUUCUUGGACGAGGAUGUCAGUCGCUGUCGACUGCAGUUGUACAGUUGUACCUGGCAGAAGCAGCCAACAGACAGAGAUGGAACAAACGUUGUUGUGGCAUCGUCUGCUUUGUAAAGGACAAUCCGAAAAGAUCUUACUUCAUACGCCUGUAUGAUCCAAAGAGCAAACAGAUGCUAUGGGAACAAGAGAUUUAUACCCAAUUCAAAUACAAGGCACCAAGAGAAUACUUCCAUACAUUUGAAGCACAUGACUGUCAGGCUGGUUUGAACUUUGCCAGUGAAGAUGAGGCAGCUAAGUUCAAGAAAGUUUUGGAAGAAAAAUUGAUGGAAAGGCACAAGAAACGGCUUGAGAGGAAGAAGCAACAAGGUGGAGGUUCACAAGCUACCUCGCCCCCUGUUCCUGCUCAUUCUGGUACCAUUCAUGUAGGUUCGGGACCACCCCCUGCCAGCAGCAACGUUACACUGAACAAGCCGGCUGUAAACACUGCGAAAGAAGCACCGAAGAAGAAAGAUAAAGGAAAAGAUAAAGGGAAGAAGAAACUGACGAAGGAAGACAUCAGUACACCAACAGACUUCCGACAUGUCAGCCACGUAGGCUGGGAUCCUGAUACUGGAUUAGAUAUGAAGAAGUUGGAUCCGGAAAUGAAGACAUUGUUUGAGCAGAUUGGUAUUGAUGACCAGUCGCAGGUGGACGAGGAAACCAUGGACUUUAUCUACGACUUUGUCGACAAGCAUGGUGGUCUUAAUGCUGUAAGGGAGGAUCUUGCAAGGCGACAGCCUCCUGCGGCACCUUCCCAGGAUGCAGCUCCCCCACCACCACCUCCAGCAGCAAGAGCUCCACCUCCUGGACAAAGGGCACCACCACCACCUGCCAGAAAUGCAGCGCCACCACCACCUCCUCCUGUACAUCGUGGAGCAGCCCCACCACCUCCACCCCCAGGACGACACGGAAUGGCAGCCCCACCCCCUCCACCCCCAGGCAGGCAAGGCAUGGGAGCACCACCUCCUCCCCCAGUAGUUAGACAUCCAGCUGCUGCCCCACCACCACCACCUCCAAAUAGAGGAGGAGUCCCACCCCCUCCCCCACCAGCAAACAUCCCUGCUCCACCACCCCCACCCAUGGCUGCUCCUGCCCCGCCACCACCACCUCCUAUGUCUUCAGGUGGUGGUGGGCCACCUCCUCCCCCUUCAAAUUCUGGUAGAGGAGGGCUUCUAGAUGCAAUCCACAAAGGAACAACACUGAAACAUGUAGAUGCUGGUCAGGGUGUUGCUUCAACAGAUGCAAGGGGUGGACUUUUGAGUCAGAUCAGAGGUGGAACUACUCUUAAACGUGUGGAUGCUGCUAGUAACCCAGCCCCUGCUGCUGAAUCCUCAGGUGGUAUUGUUGGAGCCCUGGCGGCUGCUCUAGCCCAGAGGAAAAAUGUCAUCCAAGGAUCAGAAGAUGAGGAUGACAGCAGUGAUGACAUUGAUGAUGAUGAUGAAGAAUGGGAUGAUUAGUGAUGAGUGGGAUUGUCAAUGAUGAAUGCAAUAUGUAGACAGCAUUGCCUUCAUCUAAUAUGAAAGUGUGCACUUGUUAGAUUAUGAAAUUUUCGUUAUUGAUUUAUAGACAUUUAUAUUUCUGCAGUGUGUUAAAAUUGAGAGGUUGAUAUUUAUAUGUCUAAAUUUUUAUGUAGGGAUGAAGCAUGUUUGUGUAAUCACAUCUACGGGAUUGAUUAGUGCCAAGCCAGUUAUAGAGAGUGCACCUGUUUAGCCCCCUGAGAUUCUGCAGAUAUUGUAACAGAGAACAAACGUGCAUGAAUGUUAUUCUAGCAUCAUGUAUGAAACCACCAAAAUGAAUAUUAAUCUCAAAGCUUGCAUUUCCUUUAAGACUUGUUUUGAUUAUGCACUACAGGGCCAAUAUAUAAUAUUUUGCCAUGGAAUGUGCAUAUUUAAAACAUGUUAACAGCACCUAAUCUCCUUGUUCAUACUGUUCAAACGCUUCUUGAAAAAGACUAUGCUAGAAUGAUUAUAACUACUUCAGUGGAAGUUUGUGGAAAUACAUGUAUACCGUUUUACUGUUGUUCAAAAAACUAUUAGAAUUCAGUGUUAAUUAAUUUUAUGUAGACAUAAGCUCAUCAUAUCUGUGCACCCAGUUUUCAGUUUAUAUCCAGUCUGUUUUUGAUUAUUAAGUAAUGUUGUUGCAUCAUUCUUAAUGUUCUGUUUACAAAGACUUGCAAAAAAUUUUUAAAAGUUGGAAUAAACCUACACUGAAUUUGUUACUUAAAACUCAUUGGAUAUUGUUGAACUACAUUCUGAGGAUAUACUUUGUACUCUAAAAUUUAUUCUCUAAUUUGCUUUAUUAUAUUUUACAGAAUGAAUUUUUGCAUGAAGCAUGAAAAUGAGCUUUAGCUGUUCAUGUUUAUUGCUAAUAUUAUUUAAGGAGGUAGGUAACCUUAUUAUUUGAAUGUGCGCAUGCCCAACAGAAGCUAACGUGAUGAUUUACGAUGACGUUUAUCACAAAACUAAAUGUGUUUGUAUAUCCAUUCUUCUGAAAAAAUAUCAUGAACCUGUCUCCGAUCUGAUGCUUAAUAGUUUAAUAAGGCAGAAAUAAUGAAUAAAUUGCCCCAGAAACGGUUCAGAACUGUCUUGUCUUAAAAUGACGUCAUGACAUUACGUGUCCGUUACCGCGCAAAAAUUUAUAGCUUUUAUUUUGAAAGUACGUAAUUCUGUGCAUUUUCUUUAUUUGAAAUAUUUUUAAACGGCCAUUAUUUGCUGAAAUAUUUUUACGAGUCUUUCGCUCUGAAUAAUGAUCAAUAUUUUGCUUCUUUUAUGUAGUUAUAUUGAAAUGUUAUGUGGAAUGUAAGAAAAUGGAUGAUGGUAACUAAUGUUAUUGGGAAUGUUGUUGGGUGAAAGGUUACUUAUUACGGCCGUAUUCAAAUAAAAAUUGGGCAGUUUGAUUUGUAAUACAUAUUUUUCAGUUUCCGUUGAUAAUUUGUUACUAAUAUAAUAAAUUUUUGCAUUUCAACAAUAUCAAUGAGAAUAAUAGCAGCGUGCAGAAUGAUUUUUUUUUAUAAAAAAUGUCAGACGAGGGGUACUGCUGUAAGUAUUUUAAGCUGUGAAAUUUGUUUAAAUAUGUGCAGAUAACACAAAAAUAUUACUUACGUUAGAAAUAAGAUGUUUUAAAGCUACAUUAGCAAGAAAGAUAAUUUUAUUUAAUAUUUUUUAUAAGAAAUUACGAUAAAAAGAAAGAUAUAAGCUAUUUUAAACAUCUCUGUUGCCAUGGUUACUUUAAACUUUAAGAAAAAUAGGGUACCAUGAAAAGUGCUUGGUAUUUUGUUAAUAAUAAUACCCAAAUAGUCCAUGUUGGUCAUUAACAGAAUGGCACUGAAGCCGUUGAAAAACCCAUUUUCAUACAUAAUUGUUUAAAAAUGAGAGAAAAUGCGUUACCAUGGAAACACGAGCCCUGCGACAUAUACAUUUUAAGUUUAUAUUAGAAAGCCAACGCGCAUACUAGUAAAAUUAUCAAUUAUGCAGACUUCUACGGAUAACAAUGAAACCAAAAUACACUAAAAGUGUUAAAUAUCCGUAUUUUCCAUCUUCAAUAUAAAAUACCUUUGGAGGGUCAUGUACUUCAAACCUUGAUAAAAAUUGUACUUGAAGGGACAGAGAUAAACGAAAUUGAGAUUGUAGCAGUUAAAACAUUAAAUUACAUGAAAUACAAAAAAUUGCUGCAGUUCAACUAAUUUGAAUUUAUCCUGGUAACAAGGUAACCUACCUCCUUAAAUUGAUUUUAACAGUGAUUGAAAUUUGUCCAAAAGAAUGUUUAUUACCCGUGUUUGUUACCAGUAAUUUGUUUAGAUUCCAGCCAUUCUUCGGGAAUGUACACUUCAAUUGAAACCAGAAUGUAUGAAAGGUGUGCAUAUUUUUUUAUCUUUGGCUAUGUUCUUCUCUUUGAAUCAUGAGUUGAAGUAAUUAUUUUUAUUUUUAUUUUGGUUUAAUGAUUCUACACAAGUAUUGCUCCAUUAGCUCAGUAUUCAGAAAGGAAGACUAUGAAUGAAGAGCUUGCAAGUUUGACCAAUUAGCAAGCUGUGCCUAGACAAUUAGGAAGACACAGUGUCCUCUCUCUCUCUCCGAUUCUUGUGUGGAUGUUGUCAAUUAUUUCAAUACAUGUACAAAAACCAAAAAUGCUAGGUUAACUGACAACUGUUGCAUAAAAGAAAUACUGCCCAAACAUGGUAUUAAGCCCAGUUACCAUACCUUUAGUAUAAAUCUUGUGUGUUAUAUACCCUGCUGAAAUGCAUCUGAUUGGUCAAAUUUCUUGUAUUAUAUUACAUUAGUUUUGCUUUGAAAAUUGCUAAUAAAGUAACAUGUCGGUGUAAUGGUAAAUUUUGCAAUGAAAAUUGCUUAAAAAAAACUUUCGAGUCGGCGUAUUGGUCAGCAAAACUACAUAUUGACUUCAGUUGUAUCAAUUAUGGAAUGAGGUAAAGUUUUCAAAGCAUUUUCAAAUUUCCAUCUUUCAUGGUUGGCCUGUUCCUUCCAAAAAUACAUAAAAAUACAUGGCAAAGCUUAAAAUAAACAACAACCAUGCAAUACAUUCCAUGUAAUAUUUAUUUAUGAUUGACAAGCAAAAGUGUAAAGUUUGUUCAAGAAAUUUACUGUGUGAUAUGUUAACAGUGAUAACAACAUAAUGAAAUAAACAUGUAUAUUCUUA